AUGAAGAAGAUGCAUCACAUACCAGCUAAAAGCAAUCUCGUUGAUUCAAGUCCUGAAACUGACCAUAAUGCCCCCCCUCUUUGCCCUAAGCCCCGCCGCCUCCGUCCCGCCAUCCCUAGUUUCCUCGCCCCGUUUCGAUGCGCCCAUCGCAUUCAUAGCCAAUCUAGUAGUGAUCCGAGAAGUGCAAUCCUCAAUAUCAUUGCGGGAAAGGGUGUUGAAGGGAGAGAUUGUUUGUGCUUGAAUUGUUACCCGUCGUGUUAUUCGGGAUCUCCGCCAGGAAGAACAGGGAAUCCGCUGGUUCAAGACGUGUAUUUUCUUCAUCAAGUGGAGAUUCAAUCGCCAUUUUCGAGAACCUAAGCUCUCUUAGAAGUUCAGUUUGACCUCUGUUUCCCCCCACGUGAACGAAAGAACAAAGACGUCAUUGAAGAAGUGAACAGGGAUAUA